AUGCACCGCACACCGGUUGCAGCCGCCACUAAGGCUUCCGUGGAUGAACCUGCCGCACUCGCGGAACAUGGACCACUACCAGCAGCCUCAGGCCCCGUAUUGCCCGAGAACGAGCAGCCGUCGCCGCAGUGCCUGCAUAGGGUUCAACGCGACCUCGCGGAAUUCGCCCACCAUCCACCGCCGGGUGUGUUCAUCGAGCCCGAGAAGGAGGACAUCACCUCCAUCCACGCCGUCAUAGUCGGGCCUAACGGCACGCUGUACGAAGGGGGCUUCUUCCAUUUCGUGCUCAAGUGUCCUAGAGGCUAUCCCGUUGAACCUCCGCUAGUGCGCUUCAUGACAACGGACGGCGGACGAGUGGGCUUCAGUCCGAACCUCCACGCCGACGGUAAGGUGUGCCUCACCUUUCCCAGGCCACCGUGGAGUGCGGCGCUGUCUCUCGAGUGCGUGCUGGUUUCUGUUCAGUCGCUGAUUAACGAGAAUGCCUUGGCGAAUGAUCCCGGACUUGGACACAUUGGACAGUUGAGUGGAAGGCUGAGCGGCUACAAUGACAACCUGCACUACCAGACCCUCAGGGUCGCGGUGUGCGACGCGGUCGAGGCCUGCCUCCUGGGCACCGCGCCGUAUCCACCGGUCCUGAGGGAGACAGUGCUGGCGCACUUUGCCGAGAACUAUGGCAAGUACGAGGAAGCGGUCAGGGCCCACCUCGGUUAUUCGUUCCUGGGCUUAGUCUUCUAUACGCCGAAUGUCGAAUGCCAAAAGUACCGAGAGCUUCUAGAGCGACUUCGAGACUUGCACCGCCGGCUCUCGAAGAAGAACGCACGUUCUGCUGACAGGCAAACGUGA